AUGUUGUGGCGUUCAGGAUGCCGGUAUAAAACUCGUGGUCCACCAAAUCGGCUCCAGGAUCCAACGAUGCUUACUGUCUACUUGAUGUUCUUUCUUCUCGCUUUCACUGUAGCCAGAGAUGCGACAAAUAGCGUCGAUUCGGGUGACACACCGUCAGUCGAAACACCAGAUUUCUCCCCGGAAUCACCAGAUUCCCCUGAAAGCGGACGUGGCAGAAGAGCCGCGUUUAGUCCUCAUCAGAAAGUGAUGGUCGCUUCUCGAAAUCGGGCAAAAGCCCUAAUUUGA